AUGAAGAUCCCACCAUCAUUCCUUCUAUUAUCUAUUGCAAGUUUAACAUCGAUUAGGGAGAUCGCAGCCCAAUGUUAUGACUACACGGAUGCGUUGGAUCUAAACGCAAGGAUUCCAACAUCAUGUAAACUGGUCGAUAAGAUUGAAAUACCAACGCCUCCAACAAAAGCUCCAGCCGAAUCAAGUAAAUUUAUAAUCGAUUAUAAAUGCGAAAUUCAAACCAAUCAAGAUUUAUGUGCAAGAGCGCAACGAUCGAUACAAAAAGUCUGUGAAAUUUUAACGGAAAACCUGAGUUUAAGGAAGAACAUUAAUGUCGAUGUCUCAUUGAAAGAUUUAUGCCCUACCGAUGCUCAACAAUCAUGUAAUGAAUUAGGCGGCGCGGGAUUUGCCAGAACCAUGGAACUUUUGGAUGAUGAUGACAUUAUUCGAGAAUAUCCAACAGCGCUUGUAAAGCAAUUUGAUUGUGAUCAACAUUAUGAAUUUGGUGAUGUCGAUAUACGCGCUGUGUUUAAUGGAGGGAAUGCUACUUCGUUAUGGUUUGAGGGGGAUCCACAGAUCACAUCGGAUCAAAUAGAUUUUAGAAGGUUAGUUUUAAAGAAAUUUAUUAACGCGUUAGGAGUAAAAACUAGUUGGAUAGAACAACCGAUCUUUGAUAAAGUAAGCCCUACAAUUUUAACGCCACAACUAACCUUGUCACAAGAAAAUGGUGGUGACUUUGAGUUUAAAGGAUUUAAAGAAUACGCUUAUGAUAAAUAUAUAAUAUUUCGUGGUAAAGAACUUCAAUCAAUUCAUGAUGCUGCAAAAUCACUUGACGAAUUCGUUAAAGAACCGGAUGUUAAAUUUAAAGAUCAAGAAGAAUUUAUUGCACAGUUAGUUAAAUCACCACAAAUUGAAGCGGCUCAAAGGAUGGCAAAUGUCAGCGUUAAUCCAUUUACAUUAGGGUUUCUGCCAAGAGGGGCCAAAUCUGAUGAUGAUGUGAUCGUUUUAGAAACUUCAUUCAAUCCUUAUCAAAAUGAUGUUAGUAUGAAUAAUUUUGAUGCAAGCAUUUAUGCUGAUACCGAGGAUUUCUUGAUGGUUUCAACUUUAACAAGCGGAAAGACGCUAGAAGAUUCCAUGGGGAAAUUUCUGAGUCCACUUGGUCCUAGAUUAAUUUCUUUAUUGGAAACAUUGGGAUAUCCUACUAAAAAAUUACCAGAAAAUGAUUUCAAAACUAAUACGGAAGUUAUUUUAACAAAGACUACGUAUGUUGUAACAGAGAUCAAAACCGUGUCUAAAAGUGUUGUUACCGUAAUCGAAAUUGUUACUGGUCCACCACCACAACAAACGCUACCACCAACAAAUAAUAAUCCUUCCCAAGAUGAUGAUAAUAAUGAUGUUAUAGAUAAUUUCGGUCAAGAUAUUUUCAAUUCUUCUUCAUUUAAUAUUCAAAAUAAUCUUACUUUAAUGUUUAUUGCUUUAGUUUGUUGUAUAUUGGGAAGUUUAAAUACUAUAUGA